AUGGUCCUUUUUAUUGCUUUGUCCAUCUUCUCUCUCUUAAUCACUACUGUUUCUUCUUCUAUCUUUGCCUCAGCCUCUUCUUUAGUUGAUGAUUUUCAUGUCCUGGUUUCUCUAAAACAAGGAUUUCAAUCCCCUGAACCAGCUUUGACCUCCUGGAAUUCUUCAAAUCCAAGCUCAGUUUGUUCCUGGGAUGGAGUUGUUUGUUCCCAAGAUAGAGUUUUUUCAUUGGACCUGACAAAUUUAAAACUUGGUGGUUCAGUUUCAGCUCAAGUUUCAAGCCUUGAUAUGCUCACCCAUCUCUCUCUUGCAGGAAACGGCUUCAUUGGCAGCAUUGAAAUUGCUAACUUGAGUAGUCUUCGAUCACUUAACAUCUCAAACAAUCAGUUCACUGGUGGCUUGGAUUGGAACUACUCAAGUCUUUCUAACUUGCAAGUUUUUGAUGCUUAUAAUAACAACUUAACUGCUUUUCUUCCUCUGGGCGUUGGCACCUUGGAGAAACUCAAGCACUUGGAUCUUGGUGGCAACUAUUUCUAUGGAAAAAUCCCAAAAGGUUACGGAAAUUUAGUAGGGUUGGAGUAUCUUUCACUCGAAACAAAUGAUCUUCGUGGGAGAAUUCUUGGAGAGUUGGGGAAUCUGACAAACUUGAGAAAGAUUCGUCUAAAUUACUUCAAUAUAUUUGAAGGUGGAAUACCAAAGGAAUUUGGUAAACUGGUAAAUUUGGAAGGCAUGCAUCUCGCAAGCUGUGGUCUAGAUGGUCCAAUUCCUCCUGAGCUCGGGAACUUGAAGCUGCUUGACAAAAUUUUCUUGUUUGGGAAUCUUCUGUCGGGUUCGAUUCCGAAACAGCUCGGAAACUUGACAAACUUGCUGAGUCUUGAUCUCUCCGAGAAUUUGCUUACUGGAGAAAUUCCCCAUGAGCUUGGGAACUUGAAACUGCUGAAAUAUCUUCACUUGAAUCACAAUCUUCUAUCAGGAUUAAUUCCGAAACAGCUUGGCAACUUGACAAACUUAGUGGAUCUUUAUAUUUCCUACAACGUUCUGAAUGGAGAGGUACUUUAG